UUCAUGGAGGACUACCACAAACCUGACCAGCAAACAGUGCAGGCGCUAAGGAAUAUCGCCAACCGCCUCAGAAUCAACUCCAUCAAGGCGACAACUGCUGCAGGCAGUGGGCACCCCACGUCAUGCUGCAGUGUGGCCGAAAUCAUGUCCGUGCUUUUCUUCCACACCAUGAAGUACCACCCUGAAGAUCCACGCAACUUCAACAACGACCGCUUCAUCCUGUCCAAGGGUCAUGCCGCUCCGGCGCUUUACUCCAUGUGGGCAGAGACGGGCUACCUGAAGGAGAGCGAGCUGCUCAAUCUGUGCCAGGUCGACUCCACACUUGAAGGCCACCCUACACCCAAGCAGCAGUUUGUGGAUGUGGCCACUGGUUCUCUGGGACAAGGCCUGGGCGUAGCUUGUGGGAUGGCGUACACUGGGAAAUACUUUGAUAAGUCCAGUUAUCGUGUGUACUGUCUGCUGGGGGAUGGGGAGCUGUCGGAGGGCGCUGUCUGGGAGGCCAUGUCCUUCGCCUCCUACUAUCAGCUGGACAACCUAGUGGCCAUAAUGGACAUCAACCGUCUGGGCCAGAGCGACGCCGCACCUCUGCAGCACCACGUAGAGAAAUAUCAGAGGCGAUGCGAAGCUUUCGGUUGGCAUUCCAUCAUUGUGGAUGGUCACAGCGUGGAGGAGCUGUGCAAGGCUCUGAGCCAGCCGCGCCAUCAACCCACUGCCAUCAUUGCUAAAACCACCAAGGGGAAGGGCAUCCCAGCUGCAGAGGAUAAGAUGGGCUGGCACGCCAAGCCCCUGCCCAAGGACAUGGCAGACGUGGUCCUGAAGGAUCUGCAGAGUCGCGUCAUGAACACGAGCAAGCGCCUGUACCCUGCCGCCCCCAUGGAGGACUCCCCGCCGGUCAGCUUGAGGAACAUCAGGAUGCCUAGUGCACCCAGCUACAAGCCUGGAGAGAAGAUGGCUACACGUAAGGCCUAUGGGAUGGCCCUGGCCAAGCUAGGCCGCUACAAUGAGCGCGUUGUGGCACUUGAUGGAGACACCAACAACCUCACCUAUUCAGAAAUCUUCAAGAACGAGCACCCAAACCGCUUUGUCGAGUGCUACAUUGCUCAGCAGAACAUGGUCAGUGUUGCCAUAGGCUGUGCUGCCCGGGAGAGGAACAUUGUGUUUGCCAGCACUCUGGCCUCCUUCUUCACCCGCGCCUACGACCAGCUCCGCAUGGCCGCCAUCUCGGAGAGCAACAUCAACCUGUGUGGCUCCCACUGUGGCCUGUCCACUGGGGAGGAAGGCCCUUCUCAGAUGGGCCUCGAGGACAUGGCCAUGUUCAGGGCUCUUCCCACCGCCACUAUUUUCUACCCCAGCGACGGUGUGUCUACUGAGAAGGCUGUGGAGCUGGCUGCGAGCACGAAGGGUGUUUGCUACAUCCGAACGAGCCGCCCAGAGAAUGCGAUCAUCUACAACAGCAACGAGGACUUUCAUGUCGGACAGGCUAAGGUGGUGCAUCAGAGCAAGGAAGACCAAGUGACUGUGGUGGCUGCUGGGGUCACCCUGCAUGAGGCUCUGGCUGCAGCCGAGCAGCUAAAGAAAGAGAGGAUCUCAAUCAGGAUCAUUGACCCCUUUACAAUCAAACCGUUGGAUGCCAAAACAAUCAUCGACCAUGCCCAUUCCACUAGGGGACGUAUCAUCACCGUGGAGGACCACUACUAUGAAGGUGGCCUGGGGGAGGCAGUGUCCUCUGCAGUUGUCAACGAGUCUGGCUUCAGCCUGCAUCGUCUGGCAGUGUCCCACGUUCCCCGCAGCGGCAAACCCCAUGAGCUGCUUAAGAUCUAUGGGAUCGACCGUGAUGCCAUCGCCCAGGCUGUCCGCAAGAUGCUCAGCAGCUCUGCCAACGCCAAGUGA